AUGACUAUAUUUGGCAAAGGUGGCACGGCUAAGAAGGAGAAGCUCUCACCUACCGCUAACUCAGGGUCAACGAAACCGACCGCUCUCGUCGAUGCAGUAACUGCACCACCACGAGGUUUCGGCAUACGAUCGUAUCUUCACCAAUUCUAUCAAUCGCCAACAGUUGAAGAUAUCGAAUCUGCUGGUGCAUGGUAUUUACUUCCGCCACCUCCAGCUCAACGCACCGGAUUAUACAUCUGUCGAGUUUUGACCGUAUUUGGUCUUCUGCUGCUUAUUGGUGGCGCGGUAGCCAUUGUUGUCGGCUACACAUGGCCACGUGAAGGUGUCGAGGAGUCAAUCGUCAAAAUCGCUAUUUAUCAGGAUGAGGAUGGAAGUUUCUAUGUUCCACCUGAUAAAUUGGCUGAAAUUCUGCAAGAUCCUAUGCGGCAAUGGAAAAUGAUUGGACUGUGCGUAUUCGCCGGAGGUGCUGUGGUGUUGGCGCUGAGUUUGUUGAUUCCGACUUGUGCGCAGUGUUUCCACAGCAAACGAUUGGCCGCAUUUGUGAGUGAAGAUGGCACUCCGAACGAACCACCCAUACGAAUCUAUCCAGCUGGCUCGGCAAAACCCGAGGCACAUCAUCAUAACGCUAAGCAGGGCACUAAGAUUAGCCCAACCAGCGGACCGGUACCGGUUAUGGAAGAGAUUGCGAAAGUUCAACCGGGUGAAGGUAAAAUUGGAAGCGAAGGAGGGCAACUAAUGGCCACUGCAAACGAUCUUCUGCUCGGUGAAUCUGAAACGCAUUAA